CAGCCGGAGCCGAGCGAGCGGGGACUGUGGCUCGGGCCGCGCCGGCGAUGCCGCGCCCCCGGGCCGGGCAGUAGCGGGGCCGGGGCGAAGAGCGCGCCGGGCAGGCCGGCCAUGGAGGUGGUGGAUGAGACCGAGGCGCUGCAGCGCUUCUUCGAAGGCCAUGACAUCAAUGGGGCCCUGGAGCCGUCCAACAUUGACACGAGCAUUCUGGAGGAGUAUAUCAGCAAAGAGGAUGCCUCAGACCUCUGCUUCCCUGACAUCACAGCUCCCACCAGCACGGCCUCCUACCCGCACGGGCAGCCUGCCCUCCCCGGCUCCAGCAGCGUCCACGCGGCCGGACCCUCCCCUGGGCGCCAUGGGCCCCUCGCACCCCCCAGCUACGGCGCCCCGCUCAACUGCAAUAACAACAACGGCCUGGCCGCACCCAAGCCCUUCCUGGGGGGCUCUGGGCCCCCUAUCAAGGCAGAGCCCAAGGCUCCCUACGCCCCAGGCACGCUGCCAGACUCGCCCCCCGACUCGGGCUCUGAGGCCUACUCGCCCCCUCAGGUGACCGACCCCCAUCUCCUGCGUACCCUGACUCCUGAGGCCCUAUGCCAUGUGGGUGUGACCUCCCGCCUGGAGCACCCGCCCCCACCUCCCGCCCAUCUCCCCGGCCCCCCGCCACCCCCACCACCCCCACCCCAUUACCCGGUUCUGCAGCGGGACCUGUACAUGAAGGUGGAGCCCCCCAUGCCACCCUACGCGGCCAUGGGGCAGGGGCUGGUGCCCCCCGACCUCCACCACACCCCGCAGUCACAGAUGCUACACCAGCUGUUGCAGCACGGAGCUGAGCUCCCUACACACCCCUCCAAGAAGAGGAAACACUCGGAAUCACCCCCCAACACCCUCAACGCCCAGAUGCUGAAUGGAAUGAUCAAGCAAGAGCCAGGGACCGUCACUGCGCUACCCCCGCACCCCAACCGAGCCCCAUCCCCACCCUGGGCCCCCCAGGGCCCACUGUCCCCAGGCCCUGGCUCCUUGCCUCUCAGCAUUGCCCGAGUCCAGACACCACCUUGGCACCCCCCAGGCGCACCCUCCCCAGGGAUCCUCCAGGACAGUGACAGUCUCAGUGGCUCCUACUUGGACCCCAACUACCAGUCCAUCAAGUGGCAGCCGCACCAGCAGAACAAGUGGGCCACGCUGUGUGACGCCAACUACAAGGAGUUGCCCAUGCUCACCUACCGUGUGGAUGCAGACAAGGGUUUCAACUUUUCCGUGGGCGACGACGCCUUCGUGUGCCAGAAGAAGAACCACUUCCAGGUCACAGUCUACAUCGGCAUGCUGGGAGAACCCAAGUAUGUGAAGACGCCCGAAGGCCUGAAGCCCCUCGACUGCUUCUACCUGAAGUUGCACGGAGUCAAGCUGGAGGCCUUGAACCAAUCCAUCAACAUCGAGCAGUCCCAGUCAGACCGCAGCAAGAGGCCCUUCAAUCCUGUCACGGUCAAUCUGCCCCCUGAGCAGGUCACGAAAGUGACGGUGGGGCGCCUGCACUUCAGCGAGACCACCGCCAACAACAUGAGGAAGAAGGGCAAACCCAACCCGGACCAGAGGUACUUUAUGCUGGUGGUGGCACUGCAGGCACACGCCCAGAACCAGAACUACACGUUGGCUGCCCAGAUCUCGGAGCGCAUCAUCGUGCGGGCUUCCAACCCAGGCCAGUUUGAGAGUGAUAGCGACGUGCUGUGGCAGCGUGCGCAGAUGCCCGAUACCGUCUUCCAUCAUGGCCGUGUGGGCAUCAACACGGACCGACCCGACGAAGCCCUGGUCGUGCAUGGCAACGUCAAGGUCAUGGGUUCGCUCAUGCAUCCCUCGGACCUGCGGGCCAAGGAACAAGUGCAGGAGGUGGACACCACCGAGCAGCUGAAGAGGAUUUCGCGCAUGCGGCUGGUGCAUUAUAGAUACAAGCCUGAGUUUGCUGCCAGCGCUGGCAUCGAAGCCACCUCGCCAGAGACUGGUGUCAUUGCACAGGAGGUGAAGGAGAUUCUCCCUGAGGCUGUAAAGGAUUCCGGUGAUGUCAUUUUUGCCAAUGGGAAGACCAUUGAGAACUUCCUGGUGGUGAACAAGGAACGCAUCUUCAUGGAAAAUGUGGGCGCCGUGAAGGAGCUGUGCAAGCUCACCGACAACCUGGAGACGCGCAUCGACGAGCUGGAGCGCUGGAGCCACAAGCUGGCCAAGCUGCGGCGCCUGGACAGCCUCAAGUCCACCGGCAGCUCAGGCGCCUUCAGUCACGCAGGGAGCCAGUUCAGCCGGGCGGGCAGCGUCCCCCACAAAAAGAGGCCUCCCAAGAUGGCCAGCAAGCCUUCGACCGUAGUCCCGGACCAGGCCUGCAUCAGCCAGCGCUUCCUGCAGGGGACCAUCAUCGCCCUGGUGGUGGUUAUGGCCUUCAGCGUGGCAUCCAUGUCUACACUGUAUGUGCUGAGCCUUCGCUCUGAGGAGGAUGUGGUGGAGAUGGACGGCUCUUUUGCCGUGUCCACUUCCUGUCUUCUGGCCCUGCUCCGGCCCCAGCAUCCUGGGGACGGUGAGGCCGCGUGCCCGUGCAGGCUCAGCCAGAACUUCGGGACCACGCAGCUCCGGCAGUCCCCCAUGACCUCCGGGCCACCAGGCACACAGCCAGCUCUGCUACUGGUUACCCCCAGCCUGAGCAGCUUGGGUCCUGGCCCAGCCCUCCUCCGCACCUUGGACCUGUGUUCCAGCCAUCCAUGCCCAGUGAUCUGCUGCUCCAAGGCCUCUCCCAGCCCCACGGAGCCUAGCUCCAGCCCCCAAUCUACCCCCAGCCCUUCUACCAAUCACUCAGCCCCCAGUCAGGCAGCCUUAUUGCCUGUCAACAACAUCAGAGCCAAGUCCUGGGGCCUCUUAGCCAAUGGCAUCAGCCACUCCAAGUUCCCGAAGAGCCUGGAACCUGUGGCCAGCCCUGCCUUCCCCUUCCCUGGGGGGCAGAACAAAGCCAAGAGCAGCCCCAGCCUUGAUGUCCAUGGACGUACCCGCAGAGGGGCCCCCCAGCCCAGCCCCACUCAGCCUACCCAAGCGGGACUCCCACCAGGCGAGGUGCCCUCCCUGACCUCCGUCCAGCUGCUGGAGAAUUCAAUGCCCAUCACCUCCCAGUACUGCACCCCAAGAGACGCCUGCAGGCCCGGAAAUGUUACCUACCACAUCCCCGUGAGUGGCAACACCCCACUGCACCUCGCCCUGACCCUGCAGAUGAACUCUUCGAUGCCUGUGUCAGUGGUGCUGUGCAGUUUGGCCUCUGAAGAGCAGCCAUGCGAAGAGGGGGAUGUGCCACAGAAACCCCAGUCCUACAAGGACACCCAGGGCACCUCUCACGAGUGGCUGGUCACCAUCCUGUCCUUCCGGGAAUUCACCUACCACUUCCAGGUGGCACUGCCGGGACUGGCCAACUGCAGUGCAGAGACCUCAGGCCGGCCGGUCUCCAACUACUACUUCCACUUCUACCGCCUUUGUGACUGAGCUGUGUCCUGGUGCCCCCUCCACACUGGAUGCGAGCACGGGACAGUGGAGCCUGCCAAGGACUGAUCAGGCUCGGCGCUGGGCCGUGGACAGUCACCGGAGAGCCCCACAGGCUGCUGGAGCGAGACAUAGGGGCACAAUGCCCCUUUACCUCUGUCCACAGGGGUGCCUGGAAGCCUACAACUGUCUGUCCUCCCCCUGCAGAGCAGGAGCACCCCUGUUUUGGAGAGAAGAUCCGAGGGACAGCAGGGGUAUCCCUUGGAUGGCAUCUCAGAGACCCGAGUGCUCUCCUGGGGGUCUGGAGAGGGCUUGACUGUUACACUGGACCUGGACUUCUAAGCUUUAAGGGAGGCCCCGGAGGCCUCUUUGGCUCCUAUGAGCUCCCGGAGUGCAGGAGGCCCCAAAUGCCUUUAUGAACUGUUAGUGCCUGGUUGAGGCAGGGCAGGGCAGGGGUGGUUGGACCCAAGUAAGCUUUGGAUCAUUGGACCUCGAGGAGCCUGGGAGCACCCAAGGGUCCAAGAAUAUCCAGAGCUGGUGGAGACUCGUGGCCCUACUGUCCUGAGCAGAGCCGGGACCUCAGCAAGGCAGGGAGAGGGAGGUUCUUGGCUGGUGGGUGGAUGCAAACAGCUUUGGCUCUUAUUAAUGACGUAAUUACUAAAAUGCACUUAAACCAGGCCAGGAGUGGGAGGAGAGGGAGGGAAAGCCUCACAGUGGGAGGGGCGUGCAGGGCCCCGGAGAAAUACGUCUGCUCAUCACCUCCACGAUGCUGGCCUCUAUCACACUUACAUGCUGGUGGCCUUAUUUUCCAAGUCCAGGGGUGCCAGGCCCCCGGAUGGCCCCCCUCUCUACCCAGGCCCAUCUCUGUCCUCUUCUCUCUGGUGUGGAUGUGUG